UAUCAUCCACUCGUGAGAUUUCUAACACAAAGUCUCAGCAUGCCUGAACCCGCAAAAGCUGCGCCCAAGAAGGGCUCCAAGAAAGCCGUGACGAAGACCGCCGGCAAAGGAGGAAAGAAGCGCAAGAGGACCAGGAAGGAGAGCUACGCCAUCUACGUGUACAAGGUUCUGAAGCAGGUUCAUCCUGACACCGGCAUCUCCUCCAAGGCCAUGGGCAUCAUGAACUCGUUCGUCAACGACAUCUUCGAGCGCAUCGCCGGUGAGGCUUCUCGUCUCGCCCACUACAACAAGCGCUCCACCAUCACCUCCAGAGAGAUCCAGACCGCCGUGCGGCUGCUGCUGCCCGGAGAGCUGGCCAAACACGCCGUGUCCGAGGGUACCAAGGCCGUCACUAAAUACACUAGCUCCAAGUAGAAUUUCGGCUUUAACCAACACAAAGGCUCUUUUAAGAGCCACACAACUCAUUCAUUUAAAGAGCUCACUGAUAAAGUUAACAAGUUAAUGUACAGAGUGAUUAGUGAACAUUACUGUUAAGCCAUACACACUACAAAAGUUUUGCAAAAAGAUAAUAC